GUUGCUAUUAUUUUGCUUAUCAGAGGGGCUUUGCUGUAUUUAUCAUCCGCAUCUAAGCCCAAGACCUUAAUAUUGAGCCCACAUUGGCGGAAAGGUCAAGUGUUGAAAUUAUUGUUUCGGUGGGCAACGUGGAGUAGGUGCCAAAAGGCGUUCGUUACAGUGAUGCCGAAGCGUGGGAAAAAGGGAGCGGUGGCAGAAGAUGGGGAAGAGCCCAAAACUGAGCCAGAGGCCAAGAAGAGUAAGGCAGGAGCAAAGAAGAACGAAAAAGAGGCUGCUGGCGAGGGGCCAAUUCUGUAUGAAGACCCCCCGGAUCAGAAAACCUCACCGAGUGGCAAAUCAGCCACAAUCAAGAUCUGCUCCUGGAAUGUGGAUGGGCUUCGAGCCUGGAUUAAGAAGAAGGGUUUAGAUUGGGUAAAGGAAGAAGCUCCUGAUAUCCUGUGCCUCCAAGAGACCAAAUGUUCAGAAAACAAACUGCCUACUGAACUUCAAGAGCUCUCUGGACUGUCCCAUCAGUAUUGGUCGGCUCCUUCAGACAAGGAGGGAUACAGUGGUGUGGGCCUGCUCUCCCGCCAGUGCCCACUCAAAGUCUCUUAUGGCAUUGGUGAAGAGGAACAUGAUCAGGAAGGCCGGGUGAUUGUGGCCGAAUUUGACACAUUUGUGCUGGUAACAGCCUAUGUACCUAAUGCAGGCAGGGGUCUGGUGCGCCUGGAGUACCGGCAACGUUGGGAUGAAGCCUUUCGAAAGUUCCUGAAGGGCUUAGCUUCCCGCAAACCCCUUGUGCUAUGUGGGGACCUCAAUGUGGCUCACGAAGAAAUUGACCUACGCAACCCCAAGGGAAACAAAAAGAAUGCAGGUUUUACUCCACAAGAGCGGCAAGGCUUUGGAGAACUGCUGCAGGCUGUGCCACUGACCGACAGCUUCCGGCACCUCUACCCUGACACUGCCUACGCCUACACCUUCUGGACUUACAUGAUGAAUGCUCGAUCCAAAAAUGUUGGUUGGCGCCUUGAUUAUUUUUUGCUGUCUCACUCUCUGUUACCUGCAUUGUGUGACAGCAAGAUCCGUUCCAAGGCCCUUGGCAGUGACCACUGUCCAAUCACCCUAUACCUAGCAUUGUGACACCUCCUCCAGAUCACUUUGGGCCUGGGAAAUAUACCCCCUAAAACUAGCUUUAAAACCUCUUACUUCCCAAACUUCUUUAAAAACUGCUGUCUAAAAAAAGUCUACACUGUUAAUCCCUUAUAAAAACAUAAAUUCUUGAACUAGGCUCCUAGUGAAGACUUAGAUUUCCUUAAGCCCAAAUUUUUCUUUUUCUGUGUGAAUUUCUUUUUUUACAUUAAACACAAGCUACUGAUAACUUCCUUUGAAAUGUCUGUGUGAAAAAUAAAAAGCCAUAG